AUCGGAUCAACGACUACUUAAAAAAUAAUUCAUCAACACAUAUAAAACAUUCAUAUUUAAGAUAAACAGUAAUAAAAUAAGCAAACUUUUUUAUUUCAGAAAAAUGAUUAAUUAUCAUCAUCCGUUUAGAAUAUUACCGAUGGAAGUUUUGAUAACUUUUAUUUUGAUAUUACAAUUGUGUCAACAAGUUCAUUCGAAAGACGUAAUAUUACAAAAUGAAGAAAAUGUUAUUGUUAUAAUUGGAGUAGAUCCUGGCGAUGAUAAACAUUUAAACGUGAAAUGCGAUUAUUCGGGAACUUUUAUGAUCAAUAGUUUUCAAUGGAAAAAAGUUAAAACCAAUAAAUGGCACCCGCCAAAUGAAAUGUUAAAAGAAUCACAAUGGUUGAAUUUCCAAAAUGCGAGAGAAGAAGAUAAAGGACAAUAUAUUUGCACAAUAAAUGGUUUUAACGGAAGUGGAACGUUUUCUGAAAAACGUAGUUUUGUUUUGGAUUUUAGUACUGGAUUUGAUGUCACUAAAGAAAUACCAGAAUUUCAAGAAAUUGUUUUAGCAGAAAACGUGCCAUUAUUAAUAAAUAGUACUUUGCAUCUAAAUUGCCCAUUUAUAAGUACAAGUGAUACUGUGUACUCAUGGUAUAAAAAUGACAAAUUACUCGUUGAAAGAAAAGCAAUAAUUGACGGGAUUAAUAUGUUUGAUAAUGAUUACAAUUCAAAGUCGGUAAGAUUGUCGGAUACUGGAAAUUAUAAGUGCGUUGUGAAAAAUACUAUUGGCUCAAUUCAAUUCAAAUUCAAUGUAGUUGUUUAUGAUGAUGAAAAAAAAAUGCCUCUUUCUUUCGCUUAUCCACGAGAUUUGUCAUUAAAGUCUGGAGAUUCGGCUCGGUUUUAUUGCCAGGCUAUUGCAUUUAACUAUCUUCAAAGUUUAAAUUGGUAUUAUUUGAAUAAUACAAAUCCAAUGGACAUUGAUAUACAAACUGUAGAUCUUUCGAAAUUUAAAAAGAUGAAGAGUGUGGGAUCGAAUGACUUUAAGUUGAUACUAGAACACGUUACAGUUCGUGAUUCUGGAUGGUAUAUUUGUGUUAUAGCAGGAGCUAGUAAAAUGUUAAUGGCUGAAGCCAAAUUGGACGUGGACAAAAGAUUGGAAAUGUGUCCUCCUCUAAAAUCAGAUAGUUUAGAUAUUAGUUGCUCUCUUAAUGGUAAGUAUGCUGAUUGUUCAGAUCAAUCAAUACCUAAUACAAUAGCAAGACCAUUAUGCAAGGCAAAAUACAUUGUGGAAAACGAAGAAGAAUCAAUAAUAUCGCCUGAAAUAACUUGUCAGUCUGAUGGAGUUUGGAAUUAUCAAUUAUUUAAAUGCAUUCCAAAUUGUGGUAUAACAUAUAUAAAAAACCAACCUACGAUCAAUGAAGGCGAUAAAGCACUUGUUGGAACAGCACCUUGGAAUGUUGGAAUAUAUCAGUUAGAUAAAAAAGGAAAUUAUGACAUGAUAUGUGGAGGAUCAAUAAUAACUCUAAAUUUAGUGGUUACUGCGGCACAUUGUUUUUGGAGAAAAGGUAUAGCUGAAAUAAUAUCAGUAACAGGAGGUCAAUAUAAAAUUGCUGUUGGAAAAUAUACAAGAAGUUACACAAUAAAUGACAAUGAUUUUACUCAAAUAAUGAAUGUGACAAAAAUUCACCUGCACAAAAGUUUUAAUGGAUAUUCUGGGCUCUACACUGGAGAUAUAGCUAUCGUAGUAAUGGCAAAUAAAGUUUCUAUUAAUAAUGGCGUUUCUCCUAUAUGUAUCGAUUGGAAAAAUAAUUUUAAUGUACUGAACGGAACUCAAGGAAAAAUUGUUGGUUGGGGAAAAAUGACAAAUGAUAAAGUAAGUCCGGACUUAUUAGAAGCAUAUUUAUCAUACAUCGACCAUAGUUCUUGUCGAAGUAUGUUUUCAACCGGAUUUGAAAAAUAUGUGGCUGGUGAUAAGUUUUGUGCCGGUUCUACAUCAGGACAAGAGGCUAACAAAGGGGAUAGUGGUGCAGGUUUUACUAUUAAAAAAAACAAUUCUUAUUUUUUAACCGGAAUAGUAAGUAACAAGGAUACAGCCUUCAAGAAUUAUAAACCAAUCGGAGUUUUCACAGAUAUUAAAUACCAUAUCAGAUGGAUUGAAAAUUUGCGUAAAAAAUAUUCGGUAUAACACAAAAUGUAUUCAUAUGAAAAUGAAAAUGUAUCAAAGUUAACUUAUGUGCUAAUGAUAUAGGUAAAAAUAAUUUACUCUAAUUGUUAUUAAAAUCUAUAUUUGUAUGGAUA